CUGUCCGAACAGCUUCGUCGUUGCCUACAACAACAAGGCGUACGCGCUAUUUUCAAGUCGGAGACUACGCUAAGAUCUCAGUUAGUACGACCAAAAGACGCUGUCGACCCGGCUAAACAAGAUGGUGUAGUUUACAGGAUUCCCUGUGAAUGCAGCAAGGUGUACAUCGGAGAGACUGGAAGACCUUUGCAGGACAGAAUUAAGGAGCACGAUCGAGACAUUCGACUCGCGGUACCGAGACGUCCGCCGUUUCAGAGCAUGCCCACAACACCGGACACAAGCCACUCUGGAACGAAGUAAAGUUUAUUGAUCGUGACCCUUAUUACUACACGUGCAGGGUCAAAGAGGCAAUUCAUAUAAGACUUCACCCUAACAACAUCAACAGGGAUAGUGGAAUAGAAAUUCCAAAAGCGUGGAUCCCCACGAUCAAAAAACACAACAACAGGAGAGCCGUGCGAGGGAGCAAAUCACUGAUUGAACAGCAAGGAUCGAAAAUGCACCAAUCAGAGCUGUUGAAAAACCACUAA